AUGUCUAACCAAAACGAUCAUCAUAGCCAAGUAGAAGAACACAUCCUCAAAUAAUUUGAAAUUUAAGAUUUCAAAGGUAAAGGAGCUUAUGGAAUAGUUUGGAAGGCUGUAGAUAAACAAACGAAACAAUAAGUGGCAUUAAAAAAGGUUUUUGAUGCUUUCUAGAAUUAAACUGAUGCUUAACGAACAUUCAGAGAAGUUUGUUUUUUAUAAUAAUUAACAGAUCAUGAAAAUAUUGUUAAAUUAUUAAAAGUUAUUAAGGCUGAAAACUAGAAAGAUUUGUAUAUGGUGUUUGAAUAUAUGGAAACUGAUUUACACAAAGUUAUUAGGGCAGGUUUGUUAAGCCCUUUGCAUAUGCAAUAUAUAAUAUAUUAGUUGUUAAAAUGCUUAAAAUUUAUACAUUCAGGAGAAUUGAUUCAUAGAGACUUGAAACCUUCCAAUUUGUUGAUUGAUUCCGAUUGCAAAGUAAAAGUAGCUGAUUUUGGAUUGGCUCGGAGUAUUGCUUAAUCUGAAAAUGAAAAUGAAACACCAGUAAUGACAGAAUAUGUUGCUACAAGAUGGUACAGAGCCCCAGAAAUCUUGUUAGGAUCUCAUGGUUACUCAAAGUCGGUUGAUAUGUGGAGUGUUGGUUGUAUUCUUGGCGAAAUGUUAUUGGGCAAAGCCAUCUUUUCAGGAUCAUCAACUUUGAACUAAAUAGAAAAAAUAAUUGAACUAAUAGGAAGACCAAAAAUUGAAGAUCUAGAAACAAUUAAUGCACCCCUUGCUUUAUAGGUUUUAGAUGGCAUCUAAAUGUAAAAGAGAAAAAGUUACGCAGGAUUCUUCCCUAAUGCAUCUCCAGACUUCAUUGAUUUCAUUAGACAAUGUCUAAAUUGGAAUCCCUAAAAAAGAAUGACAAUUGAUGAAGCAUUGAAACAUUAAUUAAUGAAGGAAUUUUCGAAUACUGAAGAUGAAAAAACCUUGAAAUCAAUAAUCAGAAUACCUUUUAGUGAGAAUAAAAAGCUCACUAUCAAAGACUAUAGAGAUAAAAUAACUUUAAAUUGUGAAUAGAUUCUAUAAGAAAUUGAAUAGAAUACAUUUGAUAAAAACAUAGCCAAAUAAUAUGUAUCUACACCACAAAGUUUGGCUACUUAUAUGAAUAAUUUUGAGUCAAAGUAGAAACACCAUGCUUCUAAUCAUUAAGCCUCUCAACCUGUGGAUAAGCCUAAGAAACUAGAUUCCUUUUAUAAACCUGAAGCUGCAAAUAUCUAUACUUCUUAAAAGAAGUCUGAUUAUUCUCCUACCUUGAAACCAACAAUGCCAUCUAAUCCUUAAAAUAUUAGUACCCAUUAGGUUUAACAAAAAUAUAAUUCAAAUUAGAAUUAAACUUACAAUUAAGGGUUGAGAAAGACUUAUACCAAUAUUGUGAAUAGACCUCAUAAUGAUAUUAAUAAAAGUCCAGAAAUAAAGAAAAAAACAGAAAAUCUUAUCACAAAUGUAACAAAGUCUUAUUCUUUUCAUGGAGAACCAUAUGAUAGACGUGUGAAUAAUGCAAGUUUCAGCACUCAAAAUAAGAAUGAAAAUAAGCCAUCAACUUCAGUUAGUUAUGUUAGACCGGUUCAAAUAAAUUAGUUAUCAAAUUACACUACAGCAUAGAAUUUCUCUUAAUAAAAAGAAAUGUUAAGGCCUAAAGAUCCCAUCAUGAUAACUCAGGCAUAAAGAAGUAAAUCAUUUGAGAAGUCACCCAUUAAUAUUAACCCAACAAGUCCAUACCAAAGACAAAAAACAGAGGUUCCUAAACCAAAAUUUAUCCCCCAAAGUAAUAUUAACAAUAGUGUGGCUCAAGUGUAGAAAUUAUUAUAGAAAUGCUGCUAAGUUUAGAAUUACCAACAACACAAAAAAACAUCAAGUGCAGUUGAUCCAGCAAAAUAAUAGCAAUAAUAAAUUUAAUAAACCAUAAAUUACAACUAUUUUGACAUUAGAAACUCAAAAUUUAUGUGA